UGUUUUCACUUACCAACACUACUAUAAAAUGUAAACAAUAUACCUAUCGAUUAACCGGUAAACAAAAAACGCGCUAAAAAUGGAAGAUAUAGAUAUUAAACGAGAAAAUGAAUCUAUAAUAGAUGAAAAGCCAAAAAUAGUACAGAAGGAAGAGUCUGUGUGCAUUGAUAGCAUUAGCUCGUUACAGGAACUUGGACCGUUUAUUGCUGCCCGCGAAAAUAGUAAAAAUACAGUUUAUUUAAGUGAUGUUCCAACAAUAUGCAAGGAUCAGCCCUGCAUGUUGGGCGUCGACGAGGCGGGCCGCGGUCCUGUGCUGGGGCCCAUGGUAUACGGAAUUGCCUACUGUCCGCUGGAUAGUAAAAAUGCUUUGGUUGAUUUGGGCUGCGCGGACUCCAAACAAUUAACAGAGGAAAAACGCGAUAUCAUAUUUAACGAUAUCAACACUCUGGAGUAUGCCAACAGCUGCAUUGGCUGGGCUGUGGAAAUCAUUUCGCCAAAUGUUAUCAGCAACAGCAUGUACCGACGCAGCAAGUGCUCGCUAAACGAGGUAUCCAUGGAUUCUGCCAUGGGCCUUAUACAACAUGCAAUCGAUGCGGGUGUCAACAUAGCUGAGGUCUACGUGGACACUGUGGGUCCACCGGAGAAGUAUCAAGAGAAGCUGCUCAAACGGUUUCCAAACUUUAAAAUAACUGUUGCCAAAAAGGCCGACUCCACUUAUCCGAUUGUCUCGGCGGCCAGUAUUUGCGCCAAGGUAACCCGUGAUCAUGCUCUAAAGGUUUGGCAGUUUCCCGAGGGAUUGGUCAUUAAGGACAAUGCGUUUGGCAGUGGCUAUCCCGGCGAUCCGGUCACCAAACGUUUCCUCACUGAGAACAUUGAUUUGGUAUUCGGCUUUCCGCGUCUGGUGAGGUUCAGUUGGUCAACGGCAGAGAAUGCGCUGGCCGAUAAGGCCUACGAAAUGGAGUUCGAUGAGCCUGAUACGGAAAAACCCAAGUAUGCGGGCGCAAAGCUGACUAAGUUCUUCAAGGGUACCACCAAAACAGGCGAAGUAAAGCGCGAGGAAUGCCGCUUCUUCAAACAGUGUCAUUUAGACAAUGUCACGGAUUUUUAAAUUAUUUAUCACAAGUUAUUUAUAAUUAAACAAUAUGCUCAAUAAACAUAGGAUUAA